AUGGUGGAUCGUCUAGAUUGUUCGGGCGUCUACAUCGACGACCGUGUCCGGUCGGAAAGAUGGGUGCGCAGAAACUCCAUCGACACCACCGUUUCGUCCGCCGCCUCCUUCACCCUUCCUGAAGAGCCCGAGGCCCUGCAUGCCGAUGUGGAGUUGCUUUUGGAAGUGUUCUACCUUUGUCACAGCCGAUCAUCGUUUGCCACCAAACUGGCCGAGCUCAGCGACCGUGUCGGAACCGAAUGUACCCCGAUCUUUGCAUUUUUCGACAUCGAUUUUGGUGGGGAAGACUCGAAUCUGGCCCGUCGGAAGGCCAAUCGGGCGUCGUGGACGGAUGCUGCGCCUCCGUCGCCGGGGUCCAUCCACCGCACAUUCACCUUUUCAUCACAAUCGGACGAUGCACUGGGCCUGUCGCUUCUUUCGGGUGUCUCCACCGACAUUCAAGUCCAGGAUGGUCCGAAUCUGAUUGUGCCCAUCGCCGUGCUGCGUGCCGCUGGUUCGGAUGCGCCUGGCGACUCUGGCGACUCUGCCCGCGACCAAAGCCGCAGCCUUCUCACGUUGGAGCACAAGCAGAUUGCCCGCUGCCUCGACAUGGGUGCCAUGGAUGUUUUGACCACCCCACUCGAUCGGUCUAGGGUUCAAGGCCUUGUUGUUCAUGCAUAUCGCGCUCGGCGCUCCGCCCAAAAAGAAAUGUCACGCUUUAUGGCGCGGAAAAAGUUGCGGAAGCAUUCGUGGGUGGGUGUUCAUGAUGAGCAGCCGUAUGCCUAUCUGAGAGAGGCAAUGGUGUCAAAACUGAUGAAGGGGAUAUGCAACCCAGAAGAGAUCAUCGACGAAUUCCAAGAGCGGGAUCUCAAAGUCGAUCCGGAGCGUGAACCAUUUAUCAAAGAGCAAGUAGGGAGCUGGAAGUUCUCGGCCCAUGAAUUCUCCGAGGAUGAGCUAGUGUUUGGGGCCUGUGAGAUGAUCCAGCAUGCUCUCAACAUGCCCGGGCUGGAACAAUGGCGAUUGACUCCCGGUGAAUUGCGGACUUUCCUGCUCGCCUGCCGUGCCGCCUACAACUCCUUCGUGCUCUAUCACAAUUUCCGCCAUGCGAUCGAUGUGCUGCAGUCCGUCUUUUGCUUUCUGCUUCACAUUGGUGCCUUGCCUCCGUACGAACCUGUCGGUCAAACUGUGGUUUCCAAAACCCCGAUCGCUGGACUUCUCUCCCCCUUUGACGCCCUCACCCUGCUCAUUUCGGCCAUUGGUCACGAUGUCGGUCAUCCGGGCGUGAACAACUUCUUCCUUGUAAAGCUGAACGCCCCUUUGGCACAGCUGUACAAUGAUAACUCCGUUCUGGAAGCAUUUCACUGCGCCGCUUUCUCCCAGAUUCUCCGUCGUCACUGGCCUGCGGCAUUUAAAGAUAAGCAGCUCCGGAAACUCCUGAUCAGCUCCAUCCUGGCCACCGACAUGGGCGUUCACCAAAAGUUUAUGGAGCGUAUGGGAUCAUUGCAAGAAAAGUUUCACGAAAAUGACAAGUCCGUUGAUGGCUGGAAGCCUCAGGACAUUGAGAUGUACAAGACGCUUUUGUGCGGUCUGUUGAUCAAGUGCGCUGACAUCAGCAACGUGGCCCGGCCGUGGAAGGUGGCAGAGAAAUGGACUCAGAUCUUGCAGGAAGAGUUUGCGAACCAAGGCGAGAUGGAGAAGGAGGUCGGCAUGGAGACGGCGCUGUUUGGUGGGCCACCGGAGCUGGGUAACAUCUAUAAACUGGCUACAAGUCAGAUUGGUUUCAUGUCAAUCUUCGCUCUUCCGCUUUUUGAGGGAGUCUCCGACCUUGUGCCACAAUUGCAAUUCACUGCAGACCACAUCCGCCGCAACCAAGUGCAAUGGCAGAAGUUGGCCAAUGAUGAGCUGCAAAAGCAAGGGCUGCCGGUCGAGGAUCGGGCUGAAACCACGGUCUCGCCGCGCUCGCACAGCCCUGCGGUUCGAGCAACCGAUGAGAAAGACACGAAACAGCCAUCCACGGAGUCUGAAGAAGGCAAGGGAGACGAUCUCCACUCACCUCAAUCAUCUGGCACGGCCUCACCAUCCGCUGCAUACAACGAGAACACCAUUGAGCCGGUGGUAUCACCCGAUACCUCCGGCCCCCAGAUCGAGAUCACCGGAAGUCCGAUUACACCUGAUGUGCCGUCUCGCAAAUCCUCCAGUGCCAUGCCCGAUCUCUCGUACUUCAUCCCCAACGCACCACGAUCGGCACGAGGGUCAGUCGGGACGCAGUAUCAAAGUCCUCUCAGCGGGGCGAAUAUUCCCGCGGAUGACCCGGCUGUCCUGGCCGCUGUCUUAUAUGCCAACUCAGCUACCAACGGCGCAAAUGCCCCGACCCCUACGGAAGAGCGCGAUCACGUCAGUGUAUCCCCCUCUGAGAGACCGAGCAGUUCCCGCCAAGCGCCCACGUCAUGUUCUCAUCGCCACCACGCCCACCAUAGCUCCUCGGCCCGGACGUCUGCACCAUCCGGUUCCAACCGCAACAGCUGCACCCGGACGCACAGUGUCAGCACGUACAGCAACAACAUGACCCCGAUCUCUCCCUCGACCAACGCCACUAGUUUUCUGGCGGUGGACAGUGGAGACGAAAAGCGAGUUUCCGGCGACAGUGUCGGCCAAAGUGACCCAGACAGUCCGGAUGACAACAGCACUCGUCCCAGCACGUCGGACCCAUGCGUUUCGGGUGUGGGAUCAAGUGUGGGAGACCGAGAAAGGAGCUACAGCCGAGGGCACAGCUCUGGAGUGAGUGCUUGUCAUUCUCGUUCAGAGGAUGGAGCCAGUAAAGAUCAUUCCCGGACGGCUGUCAAUGGAACUCGCAGCCCAACUCAGUCGACUACGACGGGCGAGAGCAUCAAAAAUGAUAGCCCGCAAGGGGACGACUCUCGAGGCGGUGAACGCGGGCUACGCAGGCUCCCGAAACGGCGGAGUCGAUUGCGACUUGCUUUCUGGCGACGUCGGCAUCACCACCAACCGGAAGUUCGCGGUGAGACGUGA